AUGGGUGAAUCCAGACAAGAACUCUUGCAAUGGCUCAACAGCCUUUGCUCUCUCAACCUCACUCGUGUCGAGCAAUGCGGCACCGGUGCGCCUUUCUGCGCCAUCUACGACAGCAUCUUCCUUGACAUGCCCAUGGCUCGUGUCAAGUUCAACGCAACCGCCGACUAUGCAUACCUCGACAACUUCAAGAUCCUCAGCAAUGCCUUCCGCAAGCACCACGUCGACCGCCCUAUUCCCGUCGAGCAACUAGUCAAAUGCAAGAUGCAGGACAACCUCGAAUUCUUGCAGUGGACAAAGCGCUUCUGGGACCAACAUUACCCUGGUGGUGACUACGACGCUCUGGCCCGUAGAAAAGGUCAACCCGGCGCUUCAGCUCCUGCCCCCACUUCCCGAGCAUCCACCACAAGGCGCGCCCCCGCUGUCGCUGCAACCUCCGCUGCCGCAAGAACACGCACUCCCCUGGGAAGCUCGGGAGGUGGUGCCCAGACCGCUGCUCUGACACAGGAGAACAACGCACUUAAGGAGACUGUUCAGGGCCUGGAGCGCGAGCGCGACUUCUACUUCAGCAAGCUGCGGGAUAUCGAAUUGCUCGUCCAGGGAGCCAUGGAGGCCGAGCCCGAGCUCGAAAAGGACGAGGGCGGUCUUCUCAAGCAAAUACAGACUAUUCUCUACUCGACAGAGGAGGGCUUUGAGAUCCCUGCCGAGGCUGACGAUGAGGAGGGCGAGUUGGUCGAGGAGGAGACUUUUUAA